AUGUCUGACACAUUAUAUCCGUUCAGACAUCCGCGUCCCAUGUUUAAAGAUAGAGUAAAUGAAUCACCCCAGCAUUUUACAAAAUAUGCUGCAGAAUAUGUGAAAUCCUUAUAUCCGAUUAAAGACCGGAUAGAGCAAUAUAAUCUAAUUUGGUUGAUGUCUGACGUGAUUGCCGGUCUAACGGUUGGUGCAGUGGUAAUUCCGCAAGGAAUGGCCUACGCCAAAAUUGCUGAAUUAGCCCCUGAAUAUGGUCUAUAUACGUCUUUUGUGGGCGUCUCCAUUUAUGCUUUGUUUGCUACAUCUAAGGACAUAACCAUUGGACAACAACUGUCAUUCAAUAUUGGAAAAAGCACCAGUCCAAUCGUUAUUUUAACGACUGUCCCAAAAUGUUUUAGUCAUGUUGGAGUUCCACCUGUGAAUAGUGAAGUUCUAUGUCACAUCAUAAGUUAUAUUCCGAUGAUUGCAAUUGGAAUUACAAAUGUUAUCGGGCCAUUCCUUCGGGGUUACGGUUAUUUCUUACGUACAGCUCUUAAAUCAAAAUCUGGUGUACGAACUCCACUUGCGGAUAUUUUCUCUGCCAUAUUGGUCGUUUUGGCCUUAUACUUCUUGACACCCGCUUUCUAUUAUAUUCCGGAUUCUGCGCUUGCGAAAUAA